GUCCUGCGCUCUGCUGAGCGGUGCUGUUACUCGCUGCCACUUCCCGUUCAGUUGUUUUUAGCGUGGCUAUCAUCUUCGAGUAGCUACGCUACCAGAGGAAAGCCGAUUCGCUACAGACUCCGAAAGAUAUUAGGAAGCCUGUCUGAAUGUACUUUUCUGGACAGCUGAGUUUCCUUCGUGUUUUACAGGGUUGUUAGCUAAUUAUUAGCUAGCUAGCUAACCUACCUAAAAGUAGAUAGCUAGUGAGCUAAUUAUCGCGUUAGCGCGCUAACUGGGUUUGCUGUCUAACAGACCAAGUUGUGGAGGUCGAGUAUGUGUAUGCGGUAGAUAUUAGUGAAACGAAUACUGUCGAGAAAAGGGCGAUUUAAGUACCUCUAACAUGUUUAAACACUAAGUACUUGGAAGUACUUGUUCUGCUGAACGACGACGGAGAAGCUGGGGUGACGUUAGCUAGUUAGUGCGUUUGGUUUCACGGACAACAGAAGCAGCUGCUGCGUUAGUUAGCUCUUUUGCUCGCUAGGUUAGCUUAUCAGUGGCAUCCAGCUGUUAAAUUUAUAUUGCAGUUAAAUCGUAAAACAUGGGUUCAGUCCUUGGGAGAAGGAUCGCUGGGGUGGAGGAUAUCGACAUUCAGGCAAAUUCGGCGUACAGGUUUCCACCCAAAUCUGGGAAUUAUUUUGCUAGUCACUUCUUCAUGGGAGGAGAGAAGUUUGACACACCCCACCCUGAAGGUUACCUGUUUGGAGAGAAUAUGGACCUAAAUUUUCUAGGCAACCGUCCAGUGCAGUUUCCGUAUGUAACCCCGGCACCACAUGAGCCAGUGAAGACUUUGAGAAGUCUUGUUAACAUCAGGAAGGACUCAUUACGACUCGUCAGGUACAAAGAUGAUGGUGACACCCCCACUGAUGAAGGGGCAAAGCCUAAGGUUUUAUAUGGAGUGGAAUUCACCUUUGAUUCGGAUGCUCGAGUGGCCAUAACUAUCUACUGCCAGGCCUUUGAAGAAUUUUCCAAUGGAAUGGCAGUUUAUAAUCCCAAGAGUCCUUCAAUGGUGUCUGAAACGGUGCACUAUAAGCGAGGGGUGAGCCAGCAGUUUACCUUACCCUCCUUCAAGAUUGAUUUUUCUGAAUGGAAAGAGGAAGAUCUGAAUUUUGACUUGGACAGAGGUGUUUUCCCCAUGGUCAUUCAGGCUGUUGUGGAUGAAGGAGAUGAUUGCCUGGGACAUGCACAUGUGUUGUUGGCUGCCUUUGAACGACAUGUUGAUGGAAGUUUCUCUGUGAAGCCCUUGAAGCAGAAGCAAAUCGUGGAUCGGGUUAGUUACCUUCUGCAGGAGAUUUAUGGCAUUGAAAACAAGAACAACCGAGAGACUAAGCCAUCUGAUGAUGAGAACAGUGACAACAGUAACGAGUGUGUAGUGUGUCUGUCAGACCUUCGCGACACACUCAUUCUGCCUUGCAGACACCUGUGCUUGUGUAACUCUUGUGCUGAUACUCUGCGCUACCAGGCCAACAACUGCCCCAUCUGCAGACUGCCAUUUCGAGCCCUGCUACAGAUUAGAGCAGUGAGGAAGAAGCCUGGUGCACUCUCUCCUGUGUCCUUCAGCCCUGUGCUGGCUCAGAGCAUGGAUCAUGAUGAGCACUCUAGCUCCGAUUCAGUUCCCCCUGGCUUUGAGCCAAUCUCCCUGUUGGAAGCUCUGAACGGGCUCACCGCUGUGUCUCCUGUGGUCCCAUCAGCCCCUCUUUAUGACGAGAUCAACUUUUCGGGCAGUCUGAGCGGGGAGAGUCGGCAGCUCAGCUCUCCCGAGCACUCUGGAGACAGCGGCCUGCAGAAGGGCAAAGUCAGCAAGUCACCUGACAGCACCCUGCGGUCGCCUUCAUCACCCAUCCAGGAGGAGGACGAGGAGAAGCUGUCAGAGAUGUCUGAUGCACAGGCCCAUACGCUGCUGUCUAGCAGCCCUGCUCCUACCGAGGGUACUGCUGGAGAGGAUGUUGCGGACUCCCUGUCUCCUGAAGAUGAGGAUAGGCUGAACUCGGAGGGUGAGAUUGUGCCUGACUGCAGCAGUGAGCACAGCAGCCUAACCAAAACUGAGAGUGACCCACCUGGUUUAUCAGGCUCAAUGGAGAGUCUGAUCACUCAGAGCACAAGCUGCUCCAGCCAGCCUCUCCUGGGUCCCACAAGCAGUUUGCACAUGGAAGAUGAAUAACCAGACCAUAGACCCUCACAUUUCCCUUCAUCUCUCAGAGGCUUCUUUUACUGGACCUACCCACACCACCCUUAAGCAGUCCUUUUAAAGUCCACCUGUGGUCUGAGGUGCAGUGGCUGUAAAGUCGAAUGGCUGACUGAAAACAGUUUUCAUUUCAUUGUACCCUCCGGAGAAUAUUAAUAAUGUGUAUUUAAAUUAGAAAUGCUGUAGUUAACACAGGUUAUAAUUUGACCCAUUUAAGGAAAAAAAUUGAGAUUGUGUUAGGUGGGUGAGGGGGGUGUGUACAUUUCUGUGGCCUCUUCUUAGUGUGGUGGGGUUGAGGCAGGAGUGGAAAAGUUAAGGGAUUUUAACUACAGAUGCAAAACUAACCAGCUAUGGUUAAAACUUCAAGCACAUCUUAUCAAUUAGAAAAAAAACAAAAUCAUUUCAUAGAGUUGAUGAUGGUGAUGAAGUGUUGAUAGUAACAUAGAGCUAUUGUGCAACUAAACCAAUUUGUGUAUAUUAUAGAUCUGUAACUUUGUGAAUUUGAUAUGAAGUACUGUUUUAUAGCGAGUGCUUAGAUGUCUUGAACUUAUUAUUUUUUUUGCAUUUAAUUUGAUUGAACAAUGAAGAGAGUCACAUUUGCAUCUCUUCUUUGAGAACUGGACCUCGUUUUAGCUGUGUGUUUAUACCACACAAGCUGUUACUUUAUCAGUUUUAUGACCAAAUCUAAUGCUUUAAGUGUAUUUGCACCUCGUAUACAUGUUCUGUAAAACAAGCUUAUCGCACUACAUUAUGUUAACUAUAUACAGUCAUUCCUUACUAUAGCUUGUUUUUAUUAUUUUGUAAAUGAGAAAAUCCGUUACUCUGGUACGAAGUUGAGUUGUAUUAAGCAUGGUCCUAUGAUAUGUUGAGUACUGCAGACAUCUAUAUCUCUGCCUUUACUAUUGCUAGUGAAAGAGCAACUCAAUGCGUCCAUCCACUUACUAGUAUACUCUGAAUCUGCAUUGAUUUAAUCUCUUAUCUCCAACUCAUCCAACCCAAAGCACCAUGACUUGCUGUGUUGUAAAUGUAGCAUUAUGCAUAGAGGUAUAUGUGCCUUUGAACAAGAAAUGUUGCUACUUAAUUGUGCUUUGAGCUGUUCUAUUCUUGUGACUGGAGAACGUUCGGAGGCUUGAGAUGUGUAUUUUUUCAGCUUGCAGCAUAUGACCACGCAUUGAAAUAAGCACCAAGGAUAGUAUUAUCAUUUGUAUAGUAGUUCACAGAGAGUAUUUGUAGAAUGAUUUACCAAUGAAAUAUACUUAUUUGAUUAUUUAAGCCGCCACUAUAUUGAAUAACAAUACUAGUAUUUCUGUUUGAUUUCUUCCGUGUGUUUAAUUUUGUGUAGGUUAAAAACUAUAGUGCAACACAUCUGUGAGAUCGAGUAAACUACCUAAAGAUGUUACUCAUAGAUGGUUGCUCCGUUAAUAUGUUUAAAAAGCUCUGUAAUAUUUUAUAUGCAAUAUUGAUUGGUGGCUUCAUAUUAAUUAUCAGGCUAAGAUCUGCAUGAUAUAUAGGUAAAGAUGAUCUACUUAAUAUGUCUCUCGGCUCUGGAAGAUGCUCACUUAUUUAUCUCCCUCAGAUAACGUGCCAUUUCAACUUAAUGAUCCACUGUGCCUUCUUGUUCCUGUUCGUAAUAUUAUUGGCCUGGUAUCCAGGAUGUUAACAUUGGGUCAGCCAUGGUUCUCAAGUAAGAUCAGUAUAUGUUUUGUCCGAGUGUUUAGUGAACAGCUGCAUGUCAAAACCAAUAAAUUCUUCAAUAAUUUAC